CAACUGCAACUGCCACUGCCGCAAUGACCCAUAUUAGCCUGUCUUGGAUUUUCGAUUGGUAGGUACCUCAGAGCACAGAGGCCACUUCGUCGCUUCCUCAAACCCUCCAAUUAGCUUAACUCAAUAAUCCUUCUUCCAACAUUCGGACUCCCGAAUUUCUACUAGUUUACAACUCUCUUUACAUACCUCCCUGGACUGUACAUUCAGCCCUCUUAUUCUUGCGUUAUCCGAUGGAUGCAUAGGGAACGAAUAAUAGCGACAUAACCGGGUCCUCCAAGAUUCCUCCUUUCUGGCGUUGCAAUUAUGCCUCCAGCUUCGUUCAGGAGCUCGGCGCGGGUCGUCAUCGCCGCACUCGGCCUGGCGAGCUGGACAACGAUGGCCAACGCUGAAUUGAGUGCUAGUGACUACUAUGUUCACUCAUUGCCGGGAGUUCCGAAGGGAGAUUCAAUCAAGAUGCAUGCUGGGCACAUCGAGAUCACACCAGAACACAACGGAAACCUUUUCUUCUGGCAUUUUCAGAACCAGCAUAUUGCAAACCGACAACGGACCGUCAUCUGGUUAAAUGGAGGGCCUGGCUGCAGUUCCGAGGACGGCGCAUUGAUGGAGAUCGGUCCCUAUCGUUUAAAGGAUGAGAAUAAUCUGGAGUACAAUAAUGGGAGCUGGAACGAGUUUGCAAACUUGCUUUUUGUCGACAACCCUGUUGGAACCGGAUACAGUUAUGUUAACACUGAUAGCUAUGUCCACGAACUGGAUGAGAUGGCGAACCAGUUUGUUAAGUUCCUCGAGAAGUGGUAUAAACUAUUCCCCGAGUACGAACAUGAUGAUAUUUACAUUGCAGGCGAAUCAUUCGCCGGGCAACACAUCCCCUACAUUGCCAAAGCAAUACUCGAACGAAAUAAGCUACCACAAACCCAAUUCCCAUGGAAUCUUAAAGGGUUACUUAUCGGAAACGGCUGGGUCUCACCACCAGAACAGUACGAAGCGUACCUCGCAUUUGCCUACGAGAAGGGUAUUGUGGCCAAGGGUUCUGAUGCAUCGGGCAAGCUUGAGGCUCAAUACCGUGUGUGCCGCAAGGAUUUAGCUACAUCGGGUAAUCGCGUGGACAAUACCGCUUGCGAACGAGUGCUUCAAGAUAUUCUCCGGUUGACACAGACUAGGAAUUCCAAAGGCGAACAAGAAUGCUUUAAUAUGUACGAUGUCCGAUUGAAGGACACCUACCCAAGCUGCGGAAUGAACUGGCCUCCAGACCUAACCUCCGUUACGCCAUACCUUCGAAAGCAGGAGGUGGUAAAAGCUCUACACAUUAACACUAACAAGGUUACGGGAUGGACCGAGUGUAACGGUGCUGUUGGAAAUGCGUUUAAUACUCAGACCUCGAAACCAUCCGUCGAUUACCUACCGGACCUCCUCAAGGAAGUAAAUGUCCUCCUCUUCUCGGGUGCAGAGGACCUGAUAUGUAACCACCUUGGUACGGAGGCUUUCAUCAGCAACAUGCAAUGGAACGGUGGAAAGGGUUUCGAGUUAUCCCCCGGUAACUGGGCACCGCGCCGCGAUUGGACUUUUGAAGGGGAAGCAGCGGGUUUCUGGCAGGAGGCUCGUAAUUUAACUUACGUCCUAUUCUACAAUUCUUCCCACAUGGUGCCCUUCGACUACCCGCGCCGUACUCGCGACAUGCUGGAUCGAUUCAUGAGUGUUGAUAUCAGUAGUAUUGGUGGAACACCAUCCAAGAGUUUCCUUGACGGCGAGAAGUUGCCCGAUACGACUGUCGGCGGCGCUACCAACCAUACCGACUCGGACCAGGCAGCCAAGGAUAAGGAGGUUAGUGACGCCAAAUGGGGCGCAUAUCAGAAGUCGGGCGAAAUGGUCCUAGCUAUCGUCAUCGUCGGCGCUGCCGUCUGGGGCUACAUCAUCUGGCGCGGACGCCGCCGGACUGCCGGAUACUCGGGUCUGCCCGUCAUAUCUGAGCAUGGGCGUGGCGGUGGGCUUGAGAGCUUCCGCAGGAGGACCAAUAACACCCGCGAUCUAGAGGCCGGCGACUUCGAUGAGAGCGAGCUGGACGAAUUGCACGUCGCUCGUCCUAAAGUUGCGAGUAGAGAAAAGCGAUAUACCUCGGGCUCGGUAAGCGAUGAUGAAGGAGAAGACGACGACGGCGAAGACGAGGAGACCGACAUCGAUGAGAAGGCCGCGAAGAGGAGCGUAGGGGGCAGUAAAGGCCAAUCGGCAAGCAGGAACUAGAGCGGUCCUCCGACUCGGUCGAGCGGUUUCAAAAGAAGGCGAGCAUUCUUCUUGG